CCCAAGAGCAGUCGCACUACUAGUGAAUGGUUAAACCCAUCACAUGUACAUGUGUUGGCUUCAGUCGACACCGAACCGCGAUCGCGAUCGUAACCCAUUGCGAUGGAUCCUCAGCUGGCGGAAUCGUCACAGCUGGUCGAAGCAGACGAUACCGAAAAAUGCGAUAAAUCAACCUGGACGCACGAGUACCCUCUACCUUCCUCUUACCCGGAUUCGUCCGACGAACAGCUGCCCAGCACAUCGCGUGACAGAUUAUCUCCCAAGGUCCGUCUGAAGCCAAUCUGUCAGCCACCGAGAAACAUUUCACCCAUACCGGAGGGAUCCAAAUCGCACGACUCUUCGCUGCCUCGGCAAUCCAGUAUCGUUUCCGAUUCCGAGGCCGUCGGCGGAGGAACCUUCCGGGUGUGGUUGAUGAUCACGAUUUUCAGCCUUCAUUGGUUGGUUUCGGGUGCGAUCUUCAUCAUUGGAUUGGCACUCACCUUAGCGCCACCUAGUCCUGAUCACGCUUGCCAUCUCUACUUCAUCAUAGUGUACAUGCGAGCCGUCUACUGGGUCGCAACUUAUAUCCUGCAUGAGCAGAUCAAGCCGGCCUGUCAGAAGUUGAUCAACCAGAACUACCAUCUCUAUCUGGACAUGAGCUGCUACCGAAAGGCCCCGCUACAAAUAGUCUCCAUUUGGAACAUCGUCCUGCUGGCCGUGCAAAACUACACGCAAUCGUUGUUCUUAGCCCGCCAACACGGUGCGAAUAUAUGUGGCGUGACGGAGCAUGAUCCCAAACUCUCCUGGAUGCAGAUCUCACCGCAGAUGUUCAUAGUGAUCUUCUGCGGGAUGGAAACGUUCACACUGGGCUGCUUCUACAUCCCAGCGAUCAUGCGACUGGUGCGAUCGACGAUGCCAGAACAGGACGCCGAGGAUAGCCCAAAUCAGACCCUGUCCAAUCUGGACGAGAUACCGAUCAACCAACGGCUGAAGCGGCAAGCAGAACAGGUUAAAAUACUACGAGUUGUCUAUCUGAAGCUGAGACACGAAGCGGCCACACUUGGCGUGUUGGAUUGAUCGGAGAUCGAUGAUCUUGUUGAUCGUGGUUUGUUUAGAGACAUGAAGUUUGUUGUAUUCUUUGUUAGAUGCUCAUGUAGACUUAUAUUCGUAACAUGAUAUUCAAUGUUUCAUAUUAUAUUAUUAAUGUGUUGUUGAAAAGUUCGGUGAUCACCCUUCACCGAUUCAAUUUAUAUUCAUGCUGUUUUCUGAGAACAAUGAUCCGUGAAAACCCUCGAA